AUGAUAACAAAAAUAUUUAAAAUAUUUCUUUUAACUCUUUUUUGCUUUGAAGCAUUAAGUAAUGAUAGAAGUAUACCAAAUAAUAACAAUGAAAUUUUAGCUUUAAAAAAAAGAAUAUACUUGUUACUUCCUAUACAAAAUCAGAAUGAUGUGAAAAGUAAUGAAAUUUUAGAAGAUGAAGAUAACAAACCAUAUUUUAAACGUAACAAAAUUUUAUUAGACCCUGAGAUUGGAAUAUUUUGGGAUUUAUUUGGAAUUCCAAGAAGAUAUAUGAAACGUAGCUCAAAAAAAUGGACAAAAUUAGGACCCAUUUGGGGCUAG